UUGUUGUUUUCCAGAAUGGGACUCCAGGAGGAGCUGCAGACUCGUACGCCUUCAGGAGGGUCUGAGAGGAGGGUAGAAGCUGAGCUGGGAGUUGUUAAGAACAACGUGGGAGAGGACCACAACGAAAGACAAGAGGCGGAUCAGAGGGAGGAACGCCGAGAGAGCCCAGGGCAGAGGAGGAGUGCAGCUGGAAAGCUCAAUAGGUGGUUUUACCUGAGCAGCACAGGGAAUGGGGGGUGGAGGAAAGGGGAAGGACUAGGAAUGAGGACGGACCGGUUACCUUCUUUCUUCCAGGACAGCUGUGUGCAGCAAGCCUCUGCGGAAGACUUCGAUUUGGCUGUGGGAAAGAAAGCUUGGACCAAAGAAGUCUCUGCUGAUGUUUGCCACAUUCCCAUUGAGGAACUAAAUUUUAAUGCUAUAUCUGUGGAGAAUGCAUCAGAAACUCAUGUGGCGGUCUUACGAAGGCCUGCACAUGGGCUUCGGCUCCUGGGCAGCAGAAGAGUAGUGAGCAUGUUUGUCUUCCCAGAUGACGAAAGGAGACUCCAAACCACAACAAAGGUCAACCAAGAUAGCUCUACAAGACCCCGCAGUGUUUGCAUGUUGACAGCAACAAACUUUCUUCUCCCUUCCUCUACCCCCAAUGAGCAAGGUUGCCCAGAUGUGGUCCACCGGUGUCAGACAAGACGUGCCGAGCUUCGUGCCAUAGACGGUCUGAAAGCAGACAUGCCGCCGUCUGUCAGCCUACUUCCUCAUAGACUAGAAGAACCACCAAUCCGUCGGACUUCUAAAAGCAGAAGCAAACCACGGCCCGUUAGCAUGACCGUGCUUGAGCUUAAUAAAGAGCGAACUGGAUCCCGGGAGGAGCUCGCAAGCCACGUUUCUACUGGCACCGGUAGUUUGCCUCGCCCGGGCUUCCGAUGGAGAUGGUUUGGUCGACAGGCAACAGGCAAGGAAGUCGUAGUGCCACAAACGUCAACAAGGCUAAAUGAACCCAACAAGAAGGACGGACAAAAGAGAACGUUCGGAUCACUACGGAGGAGUUUGAGUCUCAGGAUGAGGCGGAAUCGUAAUCAACUUGAGCAGGAUGACCGAACUGAAUGGAGACGCACUGCAAGUAUCGGAGAAAAAUCGAUGCAAACCACUCGUCCGUUCUCCUACCUCACGGGCAGGACGUUAACACCAGCUUGCGAGCAAGACGAAGACCAAGGGGCCACACAGUACAUACAGUACCAAACUCGCGGCAAGGUAGCAGUCUUGGAGAUCCCUCUCCGUCCUGCCAAACUAACCAAGCCCACCAAACAGUUGCAAACAGAAACUAGUUUUUGGCAGCUGAUUGCUAAUCGUUUUAAGAGGAAGGACCCGUUGUCCAGCAACAAAUCUGAGCUGUGCACUGAAAGCCAAGCAGUUGGCAGCCAUCCCCCGGUGAGAAAUAAAAAGCCAGAUUCUGUUGCUAUAGAGACUCUAGCUGGCAGUGGGUUCCGGAAAGGUCAAGAUUCCUUCGUCAACAGUCAGGAAUGGACAUUGAGUCGAUCAGUACCAGAGCUCAAAGUGGGCAUCGUGGGAAACCUGUCCAGUGGGAAGUCCGCAUUAGUUCACCGGUAUCUGACAGGAACAUAUGUCCAGGAGGAGUCGCCUGAGGGAGGGAGGUUUAAAAAGGAGAUUGUGGUGGAUGGACAAAGUUAUCUCUUGCUGAUCAGAGAUGAAGGCGGGCCCCCAGAACUGCAGUUUGCUGCCUGGGUGGACGCGGUGGUGUUCGUCUUCAGCUUGGAGGAUGAGAUCAGCUUCCAGACGGUUUAUAACUACUUCCUGCGUCUUUCCAGCUACAGGAACGUGGCAGAGGUUCCCAUGGUUCUGGUGGGGACGCAGGAUGCCAUCAGCGCCGCCAACCCCAGAGUGAUAGAUGACGCCCGAGCUCGGAAACUGUCCAACGACCUGAAACGCUCCACGUAUUACGAAACUUGCUCCACCUAUGGUCUUAACGUGGAGAGAGUCUUUCAAGACGUUGCUCAGAAAGUGGUGGCGCUGAGGAAAAAACAGCAGCUUUCGAUUGGUCCUUGUAAAUCUCUGCCCAACUCUCCCAGCCACUCGUCUGUCCCGGCCGCGUCCAUCCCCUCUGUACACAUUAAUCAGGCUGCUAAUGGAGGAGGCGCGUUCAGCGAUUACUCCUCCUCUGUCCCCUCCACCCCCAGCAUAAGCCAGAGGGAGAUGCGCAUCGAGACAGUGGCGGCCUCCAACACUCCCACGCCCAUCCGCAAGCAGUCCAAACGACGCUCCAAUAUCUUCACAUCACGGAAAGCCAGUGAUCAGACAAAGAGCAUUGAGAGUAAAACUGACAGUAUAGGGAGUGGAAGGGCCAUACCCAUCAAACAGGGGAUUUUGUUAAAAAGGAGUGGGAAAUCGCUUAAUAAGGAGUGGAAGAAGAAGUACGUGACUUUGUGUGACAACGGCCUGCUCACCUACCACCCUAGUUUACAUGACUACAUGCAGAACAUCCACGGUAAAGAAAUCGAUUUGCUGCGGACGACGGUGAAGGUUCCCGGGAAGAGGCCGCCCAGAGCCGUGGCCACGGUCGCCCCUACAGCCAGCCCCAAAACCAACGGACUGACCAAAGACCGCAGCACUUUACAACUCGGUAUCGGCGCCACAAGCACUCCUCACUCGAACAGCAGCAGUUCCCUUCAGUCCGGGGGCUCUGUGGCCGGCGUGGCUUUGGGGACCAGUAAAGAGGGGAUGCACCAGCGCUCGUUCUCUGUGUCCAGUGCAGAACAGUGGAGCGAGGCAGUUAUCAACACCACAGCAGCCAAUGGGAUGACAGAUCCUCUCAGCUCCGCCCCUGGCAUGAGCAGCGCCACCAGUCCCAAACUUGAGCCUCCGCCGUCACCUCAUGCCAACCGUAAGAAACACAGGCGGAAAAAGAGCACGGGCAUCACCAAACCAGACGGGCUUUCUGCAGGAAAUGAAGAGCAAGAAGAGUCCUUUGAGUUCAUCAUCGUGUCCUUGACGGGUCAGAUGUGGCACUUUGAGGCUUCCACGUUUGAGGAGAGAGAACUGUGGGUGCAGGCCAUUGAGAGCCAGAUAUUUGCCAGUCUGCAGUGCUGUGAGAGCAGCAAGAACAAGUCUCGAUUAGGAAGCCAGAGCGAUGCGUUGACCAUCCAGUCCAUCAGGAACGUGAGGGGAAACAGCUUCUGUGCAGACUGUGACGCCCCCAAUCCAGACUGGGCUAGUCUGAACCUCGGCGCUCUGAUCUGUAUCGAGUGCUCGGGGAUGCACAGGAACCUGGGUACACAUCUGUCCCGUGUACGGUCUCUGGACCUGGACGACUGGCCGGUGGAACUCAGCAUGGUGAUGACUGCCAUCGGGAACGCCAUGGCCAACAGCGUAUGGGAGGGCUGUGUGGAGGAAUACACCAAACCCGGGGUAGACAGCACCAGGGAAGAGAAGGAGCGCUGGAUCCGGGCGAAGUACGAGCAGAAGUUGUUUCUGGUUCCUCUUCCUCAGUCAGACGUGCCGCUGGGACAGCAGCUCCUGCGGGCGGUGGUGGAGGACGACCUGAGGCUGGUGGACCUCCUGCUGGCCCACGGCACCAAAGAAGAGGUCAACGAGACGUACGGGGACGGAGAUGGACGCACCGCGCUGCACCUGUCCUGCGCCAUGGCUAAUGUGGUCAUCACACAGCUGCUCAUCUGGUACGGCGUGGACGUGACGAGUCGCGACUCCCGUGGUCAGACGCCGCUGUCCUACGCCCGGCGGGCGGGAAGUCAGGAGUGCGCAGAUAUCCUCAUCCAACACGGUUGUCCCAAUGAAAGCGGUGGCCUGUCGACACCCACGGCCACCCGACACAACCCCAACAUCAACAACAACGCUCAGUGCGAGCUCAACCGUAGUGUUAGCAUCAUGUAAUCGCGUCGAUCUUCCCAAAAUGGCUUCAUUUCCCUCAGCAGUUCGUCAUUAUUAGGUGCCUUUCCGUAGGUACGUAGGUUCGUAGUGCCGUGCGUGUCAUGUCAAGUCAUCACCCCGUGACAACUUCCUGUGACCAAUGCUAGCGUACGGCGAGAAUUAGCAGUGUUAACGUUAUCAAUGCGUGUUAUUUUUAAGCUGAAAAACAAAAUUAUGUUUUUAGGGGUCCUCUCUUGUCUGAGUAUUGACCAAAAAAUGAAAUGAGGGGUUCUGAACAUAAUCAAGUUUUACAUUUUUAAGGUGCGUCAGGUUAGAAAUAAUCAAUUAUGGAUGAUAAUUUUUUUCAGAAUGUUCAAUUAUGCUGUUAUAGGGAUAGUUCAACCAAAAAAUGUACUCUUUAAGUUAUUCCAAACCAGCAUGACAUUUCUUUUUUUCUGCAGAAGAACAAGACAAUAUUUUGAAGAAUGUUGAUAACCGAACAGUUUCCGUUCCCAUUGAAUUCCAUUGUAUUUUUUGUCUGUAUAAUGGAAGUCAAUGGGAACCAAAACUGAUUCAACAGAAACAGAAAGUUAUACAGGUUUGGAACAACAUGACAGAAUUUCAUUUGGGGAUGGACUAUCUCUUUAAAUCGGCGAUUCUGACGAAACGCCUAUUUCACCUCAAAGCCAAAUGCCAAAUUAAUUUUAAGGUUUAAAUAACGAAAAAAUAUUUAAAAAAAUAUUUUUCCAUUUUAAUAUAGUACAAAAUACUGUGUUACAGUAAUGAGGAUCAAAAGGAAAUAAAUAUACAGACAAGAAUUACACACAAAAAAUGUUUUGAGGGGUGGUUUGUGGAGGAAAAAAUCCUUAAUUUUCUUUCUGCAAAGUUAUUUUACUAAUUUUUGACGCUCAUUAACGUCACAACUUAAUCGUGAAAUUUGUCAGAUUCAUGAUAAACGUUUAAAUGUGUAUUUGAUCUUGUGUUUCACACGUUUAAUAGUUGUUCCACCAUCGUGCCCUUGAACGAAACUCAGAAACACUACGGGCUGCUGGGUAACGCAUUACCAUUCGUAGCAUCAGUACGAGAUAACGAAACCCAAAUCAUCAGACUCGUUACCUUUUACAUUUAGCCUUUCCGUGAUUGUCCUGCUAAGAAACAGCGUGAAGGCUUGAUUACAUGACAAAUACUGUAUCAUUACGGAUGCCUCAUUUCUGUUCUUCUAACUGUUUGACACUGUCGUGGCGCUAAAGCUCUCCUGCCUCCUUUCAGUAGCAGCGGACGGUACCUACACGCUAGAUUACGAAAUAAGACGCUCUCGUCGUGAAGUGUGUGUUUGUUUAAUGAGUCCGAUGACCUCCACACUUGUGACGGUGUGGAUGUUUUUGUAUCCAGACGUGUGUUUCUUAUCGAAUGGGAUGAGCGGGUUUAUGUACAUUUAUUUGUGUGUAUACAAUAGCUUUUCCUUCUCCCUCUUGCAGCUAGCUAGCUGUGUGUCGUGUUUAUGGAUGCGACGACCCAUCCGAAACCUAUCGGCCUUAACCCUCGUGUGUACGGCGUGAAAUUUUACAAAACACUCCUUACUUGAAAUAUAAAGUACUCAUGAUUCGACCCUGAUUAAUGUUUGGCACAUGUCAGUUAAAGGGAAAGUGAGAUGUUGAACCUCUUUAAUGAGUUUUUACCAGACAGUAUUUAAGUUUACAUGUUUUUUUUUAGGUGUAUUAUAUGGAUGCUUGUUUCCGCCACGUAAUAAAGAAAAGAAAAACAAAGUUUUGCGAAGUGUAAAUUGAGCACUUUUUCCCACUAUUGUGAGUUUAUAUCUGAGGGAAUAUACAAUUCUGAGGGGGAAAAGACUUUAUUUUGUGGUGGAAACCAGCUUCUAUAGUUUUACCUUCUAGCAGGUACGUUUUCUGUCACAUUUGAGUCCGAUUUGUACAUGCAACCCUCAUCUAACCAAGCUUUAGGAGAAAUGCCAUUGAUUUAAAAUACAACGGCGUUUAAUUUCUGCGGCACAUUGUAUUUUAAACCUGUUUUUAAUUCUGGAAGGUCAUUUGGAGCAACAUGCAUGUAAAGUUUCCUUUGGUGAUCUGCCCAUGUGACCCUUUUGACCUUCAUAAAGUGAACAUAUAUCAACGUUAUGAACAUUUUUUAAAAUAUACGUUGAGUUUGGGCUCCUGUGUAUUGCGUGAGCUUUUGGGAGUAUGGCAGUUGAAAAGGAUAAUAGUCCACGCGACUGCCGGAUUAUUGAACGCUGGGAUUCGCCUGUAAAGCUCAAGAAGUAUCCCAGUACCACAGAGGCACCGUUCUGUUUUUAAGUUGUUUUUGGUACCUGUUUUUGGGUCUCAAUGUGUGCACAUUGUCUGGCCAUUAAGGUACUUUGUGUAUUAUAUGUACAUUUGACAUAUUUAUAAAAGCAAGAUGUAAAUAAUUCUUUUUGUUGUUGCUUUUAUUGAGCUGUUUGAUAACUUUUUUUGUUGGUUCUUUUAAUUUGCCAUUGUUUUUAAUUGCUCCUUCUGAACACGACGGAGCGCUUUCAUGAGAGUUAGCUGUUGUCUGAUUGGAUGCUUGGCUGGAUAUUGACAUAAUAAACACUCCAAUAAAAUGAUUUAUACCAUGA